AUGCCUGAAUUAACAAGUCUGACCUUCAAUCUCCUGACUGGUGAAAUCAGACAAAGCCCCGCCACUGGCGCGGAAAUCCAACUGCCUCCAGGAAUGGCCAUGCUGGAUUUGGACCGCUUAACCGACAACGAUAAGGAUACUCUCCGAAAAGCUCUUUUCGAGAAUCAAGUCGUUGUCAUAAGGAACCAAAAAGGCAUUGACCCUACCGUCUUGCCGAAGCUCGCUAAGAUUUUCGAUCCUAAUGCAUCUGACAUCCAUUCAGCCGGAGAGAAAGCUGUGAGCGACCUGAAGAACAUAUUAUCUGCCUACAAAGCAGGGAGGAUCCCCAGAGCCUCCCAGGUUGGAAUCAUUGGCUCGGGGAAAUUCCAGGAUUAUGAGGGUCUAAAGGAGUUGGAGGUGGUGCAUCUUGUUCAUGACGGCUAUACCCGCCCAUACCGCUGGCACAUGGAUACCCCUUUCUAUGAGCGUCUGUCAGGUGAAGUGACUAUCCUGCACUCAAUCUGUAUCCCCAAUACACCUGAUCAGAAGAUCAAGUUUCCUGAUGGGAAAGAGAAGACCAUCAGUGCUGGAGCCACGGCUUUCUUUUCCGGCGCUCGUGUAUAUUCUCUGUUGACGCCAGAGGAACAAGAGUUCGCUCUCAAUACCACAGUCACCUAUGCUCCUCAAGCAUAUGAGUAUAUCCGCCAAUGCAAAGCCUCCGAAGAUGGUCUGACGAUCCUCAAUUUUGGACGGGAGGUAACAGUGGAAAAUUUGUCAGAAUGGGCGUGGGACAAAGUCGCCGAGCACCCAAUGGUAUGGCGAAACCCGCUCAAUCCCGACCGGCCAUUCUUACAGGUGCAUGGUUGUUGCGUUUACAAGCUCACCACGCGGAACCCAGCGACAGGCGAGAUCACGGUGAUGGAUGAUGUUCAGAAGGUUAGAGAAGUGGUAUACAAGACGCAGAGUAAGAUAUAUGCUACUGAGAACAUCUAUGCCCACCAUUGGCAAGAGGGUGAUGUGGUCAUUUUCCACAACAGAGGUGUAAUGCACAGUAUUACUGGCCAAUUGGCCAAGUACAAGGACCAGGACCAGGAGGAGGUUGCUCUGGCAGUGCACAAUGACAAGCACAACUCCCCCAAGCCCUUCUGGGAUUACGAGGGAGUGAACGACACAGGUUAUGUGAGGGAAUUAAUUAAAGAUAUCGCAAUGGCUGGAAUUGCUCACUGA